AUGGGAAAUAAUGUAGUUAUUACUUAAGAAAAAGGUAUUAAACUAAUUAAUUCAUAGUAUAAAUAAAAGAAAAAAAAUGUCAUGAUAGAUAUGAUGAUUUCUUAUUGUGUUAGAGAGAGUAUGGAUUUAAUGACUUAAAAUGUAGAAGUACUAAAUUUUAUUAUUUUUUUAGACUAUUAUCUCAAGAAAUAUGAAUAAUGUAUUAAGAAAUUAGACAAUAUGAAAUUAUAAAUUUAACGAACAUGA